CGGCACGUUUAUAAUUCGAAGUUCUGCAGUAUAAGUACGCGGACACCUCAAACUUCCCGAGUUCUGUCCUCCCUUUAAAUACGCCGUGAAUGCUCGUAUGUACCUGGCAGGACCCGCUGCCUAGGAAACGCGUCGCGCGGGAGGAACGGGCUGAGGAGAGGGCUUGUUGCCGGUGGCCUCUUUCGUUGAGAGAGCCAUGGCUUCGCGCGGCGAGCGCCCCGUCCCUUUGCCUCGGGCCGCGGCCAAGUGGUAGGCCUGGUUCUGAGGCUGCCUCUCUUUGACAUCCAAAGUGAACUGGUUUUGGCUGCAAUCACAUGUCAUGGAAGAGCCAGGAGCUUCAAACUCUGUAGCUGCCUCUAUAAAGAGAUGCACUGUUCUCUCAGAGACUGAAACAGCUGGUACCAACUUUGAAGACCAGCAGCUGGAACAGUCAUACAAGCAGCUUAAGGUUGGAAGGCCCAUGGCCAAGCUCCCUGCAAGCAGCCUCACGUCUCAGGGUUCAGCAUGUCAAGAUAAUUCACUGUUGAGAGGGGAUAAACAGAACAAUGAACUUCACACUCCUUUUAUGAACAGGAGUGAGCAAAAGAAACUGCAAGAGGAAAAUCUAAGAUUAAAGUAUGAAUUAGAAGAUUUAAGAAGCCAAUAUGAGCAGCUCAUAAAGGAAGGGAAGAACGAAUGCUUUGAGGAAAGACGUGUUAGUUUUCUGAAGGCCCAAGUACUACAGCUGGAAAGGCAGGUGGUGCUGCUUACAGAAGGAUUAAGUUCUCGAGCUGCUCUUAAGUUGCAGUCAAACAAUUCUUUAGAAGCACUUACUGACAAGCUUAGUUUUUUUCUCAGCGCUGAAGGAACUGCAACUGAAGUAACCAUUCCACGUCCAGAACUUCUUCAAUUAAUCGAGAUAUGUGAAGCAAUGAGAGUAAAACUUCAAAGAAACCAGCAGAUGUCUGAUCUGUCAAAACUUGCAUUGCCUUGGACUAUGGGAGGGAACCUUGUUACACAGCCAGUUACCCUUUUGGAUGUCUGCUAUGGCAAAAUAGAAAAUUUAAAUCUUAGAUAUGUGAGCGCUCUUGAAGCAAAACUUAGCAAGCUGCGGAGACACCUGCUUGCCAUGAGGCAAAAUCUGGGUUUUGUUCUUGCCCCAGGACAGAUGUCCUCUGAGGCAGCUCAGCACAUCCUACCAACUGCUGUUUAUGCUCGGCUGAUAAAUCAUGCAACUCAGUGUCAGCAGUCUGUGGAGGAAUGUUGCAAUGAUUUGCUCACUUUGACGCUUCUGGUACCUUCAGCACCUUGGGAAAUCCUGGAGAAUUCCUUGAGCCAGGAGUUCACUGUGGAGAAUGUGCUUGCGACGCUUCCAGCCUUCCCCAAGGGUGCCCCUCAGCAACGUGCUAAAAGGGCAGCAGAAGCCCUGGUAAAGGCUCAAAAUUAUUCCAGGCAAAUGGCAAUGCAACAGAUACUUGCUUUGCAAGCUGAACUUAACUUCCACAGAAAUUUGUAUAAUCUUCAAGUUAAGUACACCGAAGCUGUCUUUGAUGGGAUAAAGCAAGCAUACCACACAUUUCAAGAUAAUGUUGCCAUGGUUCUAUGUUCACCAUUACAAGAUGUUUUUUCUUCUUAUACAAAACUUAAAGCAGAAGCUUCAGAGGCAGCUUUGAGAGACUUCCUCACUGCCUUUAGGAACAAUGCAGAACAAAUCCAAUAUGCAGUUGAAACUUUGGCUCCACCAGUGAAUCAGCAGCAUGAAGGUGAUGAGGCCUUGUCAAAGUUUGGAAGAGAGUUCUUCCUGUCUUUGGAACGUUCCCUCAAAGUCUGUGGAGAGCAACGGGAUAAGGCAGCCAGUGAAAUGGAAACCUUGCAAACGGAAGUGGACCAGGCCUUUGAAACUCUUCGGAAUUUAAGGGACCAAAAAGCGAAGAAAGCAGGAGCCAGUCAGCGUUUACCAAAGCAGGAAGAUGACAGAGCAGAUGGACUAGAAGAAAGGGGCUUGAAUGUACUUCCAAAACACAAGCCUGAGCCUGAACCAACAUCCACAUUUCCUGUAGACAGGCAUAGCCUCUCGCUAAAACAUGCUUCUGUUACAGAGAGGGAAUCUGUCAACCCAUCUUCCAAGCAGAAAAUGGAAAGCUCUGAUGGUUUGAAUGUUCAGCAGAAGGGGAAGCUCCUACACCGGAGCAAGAGUAUGAAAAACAUGGAAAGGCCACCAUGGCAAAGUUAGACAUAGCUCUUUGGGCCUGACAGCCUUAGCUUUGUCAACAACUCUUAACUGAAUUCUGUGGGAGUGAAGUUG